AGAUCACUUAUCACAAAUCACAAUUCACAAACAAAGUCAUUGAAGCUAGAAAUGGCUGAGCUAUUAGCCGUCCCGUUUAAAAAAUCUUCUGACGUAGACAUCGUCAAACCAUUAAAAAAUUUGAUUCAAAAUACAUACAGUGGAAGUGAAAGUACAGAAGACUUUAGCGAUGCGAUCAACGAGCUGAGCCGUCUGCGGACCGCAGCUAUUUGGAAAGUGUUCGAGAAGUCUUCACUAGACGUUCUGUACAGUUACUAUGACCAACUUGUAUCGUUGGAGAGUAAGAUCCCACCACAAGAAGUGCAGAUUCCGUUUAAAUGGAAGGAUGCCUUCGACAAAGGAUCAAUUUUUGGGGGUAGAAUGAGUCUCACAAUAAGCUCUUUGGCUUAUGAAAGGAUGUGCAUCCUGUUCAACAUAGCAGCCAUGCAGAGUGCUAUAGCUGCUCAACAGCCUCUGGAUACUGAGGAGUCUCUCAAAUUAGCUGCUAAAUUACUGCAGCAAGCGGCUGGUAUUUUUACAUAUCUGAAAGGGAACAUAAUGCUGGCAGUGCACCAGGAGACCACUCCUGACCUGAACCCCGACACUCUCAAUGCUCUGUCACAACUGAUGCUUGCUCAGGCACAGGAAGUCAUUGCUUACAAAUGUAUCAGAGAUGAAAUGAAAGAAAGUAUGGUGGCUAAGGUGUGCGCACAGUGUGAAGAGCUCUUCACAGAUGCCCUGCGCUCUAUGCAGAAGGAUGCACUGAAAAAUUUAUGGGAAAGAGAUUGGCUGUCCACUAUAAGCACGAAGCAGGCUAUAUUCAGAGGACUGACCCAAUAUUAUCAGGCUCAAGUGUGCCGAGCCAACAAGAGUGUCGGGGAGGAGAUCGCUAGGCUACAGGUGGCGAGCGCGGAGCUGCGCGCGGCGCCGAGCGGCGCGGGCGGCGGGCGCGUGGGCGACGUGGCGGCGCGGGCGGCGCGCCAGCUGGCCGCGGCGCAGCGCGACAACGACUUCAUCUACCACGAGCGCGUGCCCGAGCCGCGCGCGCUCGACCCCGUGCCGCGCGCGCCCGUCGCCAAGCCGCUGGCGCCGCCGCCGCGCUGGGGCGCCGCCGCAGACCUGUGGGAGCGGCUGCUGCCGGCGGCGGUGCACGCGGCGCUGGCGGCCAGCGGCGCGCGCCGCGCCGAGCUGGUCGGCGCCGAGAUCAACCAGCUGCGCGACGCCACGCAGCUGCUCAACAGCAUCCUGGCGUCGCUGAACCUGCCGGCGUGCAUCGAGAGCGAGAGCGGCGGCGGGCUGCCCGAGUCCAUCCGCAGCAAGGCGCGCGCCGUGCGCGAGGCGGGCGGGCUGCCCGCGCUCGCGCAGCUCAUGGCCGACCUGCCCGACCUGCUGCAGCGCAACCGCGACAUCCUCAACGAGGCAGACCGCAUGCUGCGCGAGGAGGCGGAGGCGGACGCGGCGCUGCGCCAGCAGUUCGGCGCGCGCUGGGCGCGCACACCCUCCGACCAGCUCACCGAGGCCUUCCGCGCCAACAGCGCCAAGUACGCGCAGAUCAUCGACAACGCCGUGCGCGCCGACGCCAUCGUGCAGCAGAAGUUCCAGCAGCACAAGGAGGUGAGCGCCGACACGCUCCGCGCGCGCGCCGCCGCCGUCGUGUGGCGCGCGUGGGCGACGUGGGCGCGGCGCCGCUACCUGCGCGGGCUGUGGGCGCGGCUGCCGGCGCGCCACCGCUCGCCCGCGUGCGCCGCGUGGCCGCCGGCGGAGCCCGCGCGGCUGCUGGCGCGCACGGACGCGCUGCUGCGGCGGCUGCACCACCGCUGGCGCUGCCUGCUGUACCGGCGCGCGUUCGACCAGACGGCGCGCAACCGCAUGCGCGAGAAGGUGACGGCGAGCGUGCUGUUCCGGGAGCGCAAGGCGACGUACGCGCGCAGCGUGGCGCACCCGUUCGUGGGCGACUACGUGCGGCUGCGCGCGUCGGGCGCGUGGCGGCGCGGGCUGGGCGCGGGCGCGGCGGACCGCUACGUGGUGUUCGCGGACGUGGUGGGCAAGGUGUCGCGCGGCGGCGCGCGGGUGUCGCGCUGCCUGGCGGUGGUGUCGACGGGCGCGCUGCUGCUGCUGGAGGCGCGCUCGCUGCGGCUGAAGCGCCGCGUGCCCGCGCACACGGUGUACCGCCUCUCGCUCUCGCCCUACGCCGACGACCUGCUCGUGGUGCACGUGCGAGCGUGCGGCGCGGCGGAGAGCUCGACGGAGGAGCUGUCGCAGUGCUCGUCGCGCGAGCCGCUGGACGCGCCCGGCUGCCUGUUCGGGAGCGAGGGCGGGUGGCGGCGGCGCGGCGACGUGGUGCUGCGCACGUGCCACGUGCUGGAGCUCGCCACCAAGCUGUUCCUCGUCGUGCAGAACGCGGUGGGCGCGCCGCCGCACGUCAACAUCGCCGCCGAGUUCGAGGCGAACUUCGGGCAGCAGCUGGUGACGGUCGCGUUCCACGCGUCGGGCGGGGGCGUCGGGGGCGUCGGGGGCGCGGGGGGCGGCCGUUUUAAUUUUGGAUCAAGAGCGUUCGUCAUCGAGUAG